GUCCCGCUUCGGCUUUAGUCAAGUUCGAGCGGAGCGCCUUCACUUCAGCUCCGCGCUCUUAAAUACGAACAAUCAAAUCGUCGAUCUUGGUUUCCCGAUUAAUCGAGUGGAAUUAUUAAACGAGGACUAUAUUGUUUAUCUCAAAAUGGCUGUGACCGAAGCUGGAUGCGACCUCACGUACUGCAAAAUGAGGGGAAUCGCUGCUGUUCUAACCGCUUUCAUCAAAGAGAGAAAAAUGGGGUUGAAUGACUUCAUCCAGAAACUGGUGUCGACACCUCAUAUCUGCCAACAUGUGGAAGUCAAUAAUUUCCUGAAAAUUGAUGAAAACCAAAACGAAGAAGUUGAAAAUGGCCUUGCCGAAAAAAGGAGAUUCCUAAAUUCGCAAAGUUCUCUUGCCGAGGACACUCAAAUCAAACCCUGCGAUUUCGACUACCUCAAGAUCAUCGGCAGAGGCAGUUUUGGAAAGGUUCUGCUGGCCCGACACAAGGAGUCCACCAAAUAUUACGCCGUUAAAGUGCUCCAGAAAAAAAUCAUCCUCAAAAAGAAAGAACAAAAGCAUAUCAUGGCUGAACGCAGUGUACUCAUGAAAAACAUCAAGCAUCCCUUCCUAGUAGGACUACACUACUCCUUUCAAACAACUGACAAGCUUUACUUCGUCCUCGACUACGUGAAUGGGGGCGAGCUGUUCUACCAUCUUCAAAGAGAAAGAAUCUUUCUGGAACCUCGUGCAAGAUUUUACACUGCUGAAAUCGCUAGUGCACUGGGUUAUCUUCACUCCCUGCAUAUUGUGUACAGGGACCUCAAGCCUGAGAACAUUCUGUUGGACUCCCAAGGACAUAUUGUCUUAACGGAUUUUGGGCUCUGCAAAGAGGGACUUGAACCUAAUGGCACUACAACAACGUUCUGUGGAACGCCUGAGUAUUUGGCUCCCGAGGUUCUCCAAAAGCAGGCUUACGACCGCACAGUUGACUGGUGGUGUUUGGGUUCUGUGCUGUAUGAAAUGCUCUACGGACUUCCUCCCUUCUACAGCCGCAACACGGCGGAGAUGUACAACAACAUAUUGCACAAGGUGCCAGUACUCAAACCCAACGUGUCCAACGCGGGAAGGGAGCUGCUCGAGGGGCUCCUGCAGAAGGAUCGGACCAAGAGGCUGGGGGUGAAGGAUGAUUUUUUGGAAUUGAAGUACCAUGCCUUCUUCUCUCCAAUUAACUGGGAUGACCUGAUGGCCAAGAAGAUCACGCCACCGUUCAUCCCCUCUGUGAGCGGUCCCACCGACUUGCGCCAUUUUGACCCAGAAUUCACUCACCUACCCGUGUCGUCUUCCCUGUGCAACGACACUUUCAGCGUGACCAGCAGUAUCAAAGAAGCAGCAGGGGCAUUCCCUGGAUUUUCCUACGGGCCUCCAGCGGAAUAUUCAUUUUUGUGAACACCAGUAUCAUUUCAUAUUGUUUUCCAAGAAACUAAACUCUGGAUUGAGUUUUGUUUGGAUGGGACCGCACGGGAGCCACAGGAUCUUACGUUAUGACAUCAUCGAUCCUCCACUUCUGCCUCUAGAACUGUGCCAAGUAGGGUUGCAUUCGGGAUCAUAGAACAUCACCCACUGGUGACUGGACCUUACUGCUCCUGAUGGGACAAAGAGAAGUGCCUGAUGUUUCAAAAGCAAAUGGAAGAAUUUUUUUCCAGAACGAUUCCACGCGGCGAUUCCUCCAUUCCAUGUUCAAUGCGGACUGAAACUUCAUUAUGCAAGUUAACAUGGGUCAAGAAAAUUAACUUUAUUUGUCAUAUCUGUAUCUUACUGAUUCAGUUCUUGGACCAAACUAUUGAAAUCUAUUCUAAAUAUGUACAUUUUAUAUGUUUCCAUAAACUAUGGGCGUACAUCACCAAUUACAUGACGAUACGAUAUUAAUUCUUUGGACAACAUGUUUUUUGUCGGUCUUUAUGAUAUUAUGUAUACAUUUAACAUACUGUAGUUACAUUUCACCUAAAGCAGGGGUGUCCAUUUUUUUAUUAUAAAAGAAACAGUAAAUAUCCUUUUUGAAAAACUUUAUUUAUUUUUUGUUUUAAAUUUAUUUUUCAAAACCAAAAAGGAUGAAUUAGUUUAUUUUUCAUUAAUUAUUUAAUUUGAAAAUAAUUACAUGCGCCAAUUUCAUUGACGUGGCAGGCCACAUCUGCCUCACGGGCCUCAAGUUUGACACAGAUGACCUGAAACAAUAAAAAAAAUUUUAAAUUACUAUUUUGAGAUAUCUGUUUUUAAAAUAUUUUAGAUUUUUUUUAAA